AUGAAGAAGAUCGUUGCAUAUGGGGUUACUCACUUCAUCUUGCUUGCCAUAUACACGAUGAGGGCAAGCCAUGGCGGCCUAACUAUGUACAACAUUCUCACAACCACGACGCGCAAUAGCACUGUGCACAUUCUCCAUGCCACGUUUUUGAUAUUUCUUAUGUGCACUCUAACAGGACAGAUAAUUGACUAUGUGUUCAAGAGCCUCAGGUCUGAAGAGAUAAGCAACUUCAAUGAGUCUCUGCUCUACUUCCUGACCGACUUUCUUCUUGUUGUGUCUACGUUUGACAGUGACAUCAACUUCAAGAAUGGGCUUUUCUUUGUUAUGCUUCUGUGUGUGAAGUCCCUUAGCUGGUUACUGGGCACAAGGAUAAAGAGGGAUGUCUACCCUUCGCUAUUUGGCCUUGCAUAUGGAAUAUCUCUGUUUUCGGGGCUUAUGGUGCUUUUAUUUACUCUUUCCUGCAUAUCUUCCAUUGAUGGGCAGAUUCUCUUUCUCUUUGAGUACACCUUGCUCGUAAUAGCCUCCAUAAAGAAUGUCUGUGUCAUGAACCUGAUUCUGUCUGACGACGACGACAAGAGGUCUCUACACAACUUCUACAUCGACAUAGGAUACAUGAGCAUCACACUCCUUGUCUAUGUAAUAUUCAUAGGAAUCACAUCUGUAAGCUACAGGCUUCCCUUGAAUCUCUUCCGAUCUGCACUGACCAUAUUCGAUGCUUUGAUUGCGAAGAUCAAGGUAUUCCAUAACUACCUCAAGCUGUGUAAAGAUCUUGAAAAAUGUGUUGAGGGGACUGGAGAUGGCUUUUGUGCAAUAUGCAGGGAUGACAUGCAGGUUGGAAAGAAGCUGACGUGUGGGCAUUGCUUCCAUAUAGAAUGCUUGAAGAUGUGGUGCGAACGGCAGCAGACAUGCCCGAUAUGUAAGUCCGAGCUUGCAUUUGAUGUUAGGAAGGAAAGCUUUGUUGUGGGGGGUGAAUACAUAUCUGGGAUUCCUGUAACGAUUGACGGCUAG